AUGGCGCUUAUCUAUGAUAACCUUCAGAUGUCUGACUCCUCGAGCUCAGAAGAUGAGGUGCCCUCAAAGGAGACGAGGAAAGGCCUAGUAACCGAGAACCUGACGAAGAUCUCAUCGUCAACUUCAGUUGGCAUUGUCGACGGCGAAGACGAAAAUGGACAACCGAUAACUUUCAAAGAAUUGGGGGUAUGUGAACCGCUGUGUGAGGCAUGCGAUCGACUCGAUUGGAAAGUUCCAACGAAAAUCCAAAGUGCUGCUCUCAUCCAUGCACUGAAAGGACGAGAUGUAAUUGGUCUAGCUGAGACAGGAUCCGGAAAGACUGCCGCUUUUGCAAUACCAAUCCUGCAAUCCUUACUUGAAGCUCCACAAAAGCUUUUUGCACUUGUUCUCACACCUACAAGAGAGUUAGCAUUUCAAAUUGCCCAGCAGUUUGAGGCAUUGGGCGCUGGAAUUGGCUUGAUCGUGGCGGUCAUUGUUGGCGGUGUGGAUAUGACAACACAGGCGCUUGCUUUAGCGAAGCGGCCACAUAUAAUUGUUGCAACACCAGGCCGAUUGGUCGAUCAUCUAGAAAACACCAAAGGCUUCAAUCUUCGUGCAUUGAAAUAUCUGGUCAUGGACGAAGCUGAUAGGAUCCUGAAUAUGGACUUCGAAGUCGAACUGGAUAAGAUUUUGCGAGUGAUACCGAAACAGCGUCGAACAUACCUAUUUUCCGCCACUAUGACCAAAAAGGUAGCGAAACUCGAAAGAGCCUCACUGAAGGAUCCUGCUCGUGUUGAAGUCUCCACUAAAUACAAGACUGUGGAUAAACUAGUACAGCACUAUCUUUUCAUACCACACAAAUACAAGGAAGCAUACUUGGUUUACCUUCUCAAUGAACUUGCUGGAAAUACCGCUAUUGUGUUCUGUGCUACUUGCAAUAGCGCUAUGCAUACUGCCAUGCUGUUGAGGCAAUUAGGGAUGCAAGCCAUACCUUUGCAUGGUCAGAUGGGGCAGGAGAAACGAUUAGGACUCGACAUCCCACAUGUUGAUCUGGUUGUUAAUUAUGAUAUCCCAUCCCAGUCGAAGGAUUAUGUCCACAGGGUAGGGCGGACUGCUCGUGCAGGAAGAGCGGGUCUUGCUGUAACUUUUGUUACUCAGUAUGAUGUCGAAGUUUACCAGAAAAUAGAAGCACACAUAGGUAAAAAGCUGGCAGAGUACCCAUGCGUUGAAAAAGAUGUUAUGUUGUUAUUGGAGAGAACCCAAGAGGCUAGCGAAAUGGCUGAUAAGGAACUGAAGGAGAUUACAGAUAAAAAGAAAAGGAAAGGGAAGCGGGACAGGGGUCAUAUUGAUGACUCCGAAGAGUUACCUACGAAGUUCAAGAAAACGCUAAAGAAAGGAAAGAUCCUUAAAGUGAAUAUACGGAAAGGACCGAAGUUCCGGUAGAAUUCGAAUUGUCUUGUCAUUUUUGUUGUCGUUCAUGGUCACGUACCUAGCGAACGCCACUUCAUUGUCUGUUGAAUAAGUUUGUUGUCUUGGUGCAUGAAGAUGCAGAGGCUCAGUCGUCAAAUGUCAUUGAUGUGCUCGUGUAAAAAUCAUCGUCAACA